GGCAAAAAUAGACUAUUCUCUAUCCUUGUUCUAGAAUCAGCGCACCUGAUCUGGAAGCUUAGAUGCGAACGAACGAUCAAAUUCAACGGAGACCAAGAAAAAUACCACUCCGAAACCGAAAUACACAAUCGAUGGGUAGCAUCCAUAAACAGAAGACUAAAAUUCGACAGACUACUAACUAACACCUCCAAAUAUGGGAGAAACGCAUUAAAAGAAUCGCUAGUGCUCCGAACCUGGAGCGGGGUCCUACUGGACGAAGAUAAUCUUGCGGACAAUUGGAUCCGACAAGCAGGGGUUUUAGUGGGUAUGGCAACUCGACGUCCUCCUCGAGGACGGCAUGAAUAA